ACAACACUGGCAAGCACACCCGCCUAGUCAUCGAUAGGCAACGUCAUCGGAGGGCAUGAGGCACUAUUUGUUGCUGCCCAAGCGAAAUUUCCAGUAAACACACCUAAAACUAAAUGCCAAUAUGACAGACCCCAACAGCGACGACGAGUUCCAGGAUGCCCUAGGCGAACAGAUCACCGGACAUGAAGAAACUGCCAAGCAUCUGGAUGAGAAAGAAGUGGACAAGAUUGUGGAGCAACAUAGCCAGUUGAGUCUGAGCGAAGAAAACGAGGAUUCGGCAGCAGGAGAUGGUCAACCAGGAGAUGCGACUACAAAGCAGAUUGACGAAGAGCUUUCAGUUGACGAGCUGCGGGAGCUGGAAAAGGACUUGAGCCCUGAGGAACUGGAGGCGAACAAGGAACAAGCCAACAAAUUGAAGCUCGAGGGAAAUGAGCUGUUCAAGAACGACCAGGCAGAUGGUGCCGUCAAAGUGUACACCGAUGCUUUGAAUGUAUGCCCCUCUGACAACUCAAAGGAGCGAGCUGUGCUUUUCGGGAACAGAGCCGCUGCCAAGAUGAAGCUGGAGGCCAACAAAUCCGCCAUUGACGACUGCACAAAGGCCAUCGAACUGUGGCCGGAGUAUCUACGAGCGCUGCUUAGGCGUGCUAAGCUCUAUGAACAAGACGACAAACCUGACGAGGCACUGGCAGACUACAAAAAAGUAUCUGAGCUUGAUCCUGGCCAGAAGGAAGCGCGAGAGGCUUUGAUCCGCCUCCCGCCCAUUAUUAACGAGCGAAACGAAAAGCUCAAGACCGAGAUGAUGUCGAAUCUUAAAAACCUGGGAAACAUGAUUUUGCGUCCCUUUGGCCUAUCCACUCAAAACUUUCAAAUGCAACAGGAUCCUAAUACAGGUUCCUAUUCCAUAAACUUCAACCAAAACCCUAGCUAGUUAAGAGCGGUGACGUGAGUGUUAGUAAAAAUAAAACUCUUUUAAGGAUAA